AUGCCACAGCUCAACUUCAACGAAGCUUUCAUUGAGAUCCAGGCUGGCAACCAUUUCAUUGACGAUACACUCAUAAUGUCGCUCGCCGAGCCCAACAACACGCUCUACUGGCAGGACAAGACCGUCCGACUCGAGAACAUUGAAAUUCCCGCCUAUGUAGUGGCGUCUUACGAAAACGUGCUGCAUACGCACGGCACCUUUGAAGGCUUUCGCAAAAUCCAAUCUGAAAACAAGUGGCUGCGCGUACACAACAGCCACGAGUGGUACGACCUGUACCAAAACGACAGCCAGAGCGAGCUCCUACAAUACUUUGACUAUUACCUCAAAGGUAUCGAUAAUGGAUGGGAGGAAACACCCCAAAUCCGCGUCUCUCUCCUCGACCCCAAUGGUACCGACGUUGUCAAUCGUGUUAUUGAAGAAUGGCCACCCUCUGAUUACACCUUUUCCCAGUUGUACCUCCAUCCCAACAAUACAAUGUCGCCUGAUCAGGGUGCCAUUGCAGCCAAUGUCUCGUAUGCUGCCGUUAAUGGGUCAGCUAUUUUCCAAAUCCCGGUGGAGGAAGAAAGCGAAUUGCUUGGAUACAUGAAGCUGCGCUUAUGGGUUGAGGCUGUCGGAUCCGACGAUAUGGACCUUUACAUUACUGUCACAAAGGUCUCUGCUAAUGGUGAUGCUCUUCUGCGGACGCUGCCCCAAGGUGGUACAAGCAUUUCGGCAGCGUACCAGUAUUCCCAUGUCUCCCGCCGGCAGCUUGACACGGACAAGUCUACAGAAUCUGAGCCUGUGUUGUUGUUCCAGGGGGAGCAAAUGCUCUCGGCCGGCGAAAUUGUGCCCGUCGAUAUCGGCCUCUGGCCUCUCGGUCUGCGCAUCCACGCCGGAGAGAUGUUGCAAGUCACUGUCGAGCCCGGCGUAGACAGUAUCGGCGGGCCGGCGUUUGGCAGCGCUGAGAUCCCAGUUCCUCGAGAGUCCUUUACUUUUAUGCCUGCCGACAACAUAACCUUUGUCACUCUUGGUGAUCCCACCCUGUGGGCACCCGACUGGGUGACUGAACAGGCCCCGAGUCAAACCUCGCGUAACAUUGGUACUCACGUUAUCCAUAUGGGUGGUCAGUACGAUAGCCACCUGUUAGUACCUUUGAAGACGGUGAGACACGUAUGA